AUGCGUGUGGAGGGUGGCGAGUGGGACUUGCCGUACUUCAUCCGUGAAGACUCCUGUCAUUCAGACGUGCGAUCCAUCACUUCUUCUGUUCAAGAGAUUUUUGGUAUAGAUGAGUCCGUGCAGGGUUUUGUUGUGAUGGCCGAACUGCUUGGCGAUUUCUGCGCGUACUUUCCUGAGACUGUUGAGAAGGAGCGCCGUAUACGACCGUCCAAAAUGCUGCUGUUGGAAAACUUGCAAGAGAUUCCGGAGCUGCCAUGCGGUUGGGAAUGGCAGGAUGUCGAGUUCCUUCGAGCGCAUGAUAGCUCCUUUUCUCGCGACACGGACUCGGAUGUGGACGUCUGCGGUCCGAAAAUUGUAAAGAGAAUCACAAAAUUUCUGGAGAAAGAUCUCACAAGCAUGACAACUUUGUGGCAGCCGCGGUUUCGGUAUGGCUGGCAUGAGAAGGCUUUAACGUGGAUGAAAGCUGUCAUCGCAUCGGAUGGAGGCGAGGUAGGCGGUGAAUUCAGACAAUACCGAUUCGACCCCGCAUGCACCAUUUUGACGGUGGAAACAAACAUUGGUAAGUAUUAUCUUAAAGGUACGGAUCCGGGAUCCGGAGAGAUGGAUAUGACAGCAUGUGCUAGCAAAGUGAUGCCGGAUCGAACGUUAGACGUGGUUUCCGUAUCGAAUGAACUACAAAGCGUGAUUUCGAGGGAGUUGAAUGUUUUGAAAGAUUGCGAUGAGAGCAUUACCAAGAAGGAAUGCCUGAGAUUUUUAGGAAGACUUCAGUUGGACUCGUUGCAUCAUUUAGAGAAGCUCAAAGCCGGGGGAUUCCAGGUUCUUGGGCCGCGAGAACUGUGCAAUGCAGUGGAUUCUUGGACUGUGGACGAAGAUCUAAUUGAAGGUAACACAUACCUCAUGGAGCUAUAUGCUGAAUUGGCACCGGAACUGAAAGCAGAGAUUGAACGAUUGCAGGAAUACAACAUACCGCUUACUCUCACACAUGGGGAUUUUGCCAGUCGGAACCUAGGUAUGAAGAGAGGACGAGACGGGUCGCAACAGCUUGUUGUAUUUGAUUGGCAAUUCGCUGCAAUAUCACACCCAUUCUUUGACUUGCAAGAAAUACACGAGGAGCAAGACAUCUCUGAAGAAGAGAGGCGGUGCUAUCUAGAGAUGUGGAGGGAAUACGAGCCAGUGGAGCGAUGUGAGGAACUGUACGAGAUCGCGCACCGACUGGGAUGGCUCCUGAAGCUUCACGGAAUCGCACGAGCUAACAACACCGAGCGACCAGCAUUACAUUCGGAAUGGUCAGAAGCGUUUGGUGAGGCUGUGAUGAGAAUGCAUCCGCAUAUACAGGACAAAAUCUUGUUCAAAUGA